CCGUCUAGUGCACGCGGAAGUGGGCAAUCAAUUUCCUUUUCCUUUAAUUUUUCAAAUAAACAUUGGAAAAAGUUUAUUUUCACUUCAACUUAUUUUUAAAUACUGUUCUUAUCGUUACUUAACACAUAAGUGAGCACUUACUAGUGUUCAAAAUGGAGGUGACGGACAUAAGUGAUUUGUUGAAUGUUAGAUCCAUUAAAAUGGAAACAAUUGAAAAUAGAUACUCGGAUACUGCUGAAAAUGUUGAAUCCAGCGAUGCUUUAUCAAUAAUUCCUCAAUACGUCACGGAAUCCGAUCUAGGCUUGAUGCAGACAGGUACAGAAAUACUAGAAGCUCCGCUAGCCGUGUUCACCGACACCCCUGAAGAUGAAGACGCCAUGCAAACUAUGGAAUCAAGCGAAGAAGUGAUAGUACAAUUAAUGGACAUAAGAACAAGAUUAUCACAAUUACGGACAAUGUUAGAGAAACGAUUAAAUACAGAUCUCUCAGAUUAUAAUUUCUGGCUGCAAGACGCUAAAUUGUUAGAAAACCACAAAACACUUGUGGAACAAUGCAUUCGUGGAUCUGGCGUAGUUCAAGUGAAUAUUCAAAUAAAACCGUCUCAAAGGAAAAUCAAUAUUAUGGAUGUGUUGAAGCCUGAUGAAGAACUGCUCCAACUGCCUGCUGGUGACGAGGUGGUGGAAGUCUCCCCCCCCCGAGCCCCGUCUCCCCCCCCGGAGCCGCGUCACGCUGUGGCCGUCAAGUGGUUAGUGGACGAUCACUUUAGGUCCGAACACGCGAAGGCUAAGAUACCUGACGAUCCUUCUAUGUGGUCAGUACAGCACGUAAAACUGUGGAUACAAUGGGCGGUCCGUCAGUUCAAUCUCGCCGGGGUCAAAUUGUCAGAUUGGAACAUUAGCGGCCAUGAUUUGUGUAAUAUAACGCAUUCCGAUUUUAAAGAAAAAGUGCCAUCAGAUCCUGGAGAUCUGUUUUGGACACAUUUCGAGCUGUUGAGAAAAUGUAAAUUUAUUGCCGUGGUUCAAACAGACGACCCUCCCUCAAGAGACCCGUUAGAACUUCCCCACUCGGCUAUAAAGAAAAGACACAAACAGCCACUCGUCGGUUCAGACGAAGCUCGCUACACUCCACGCGCCGGUAACAACGGGCAAGUGCAAUUGUGGCAGUUCUUAUUGGAAUUACUGACAAGUGCACAGCAUUAUAACUUGAUACGAUGGGAUGGCACGGAGGGCGAGUUCCGGCUGUUAGAGCCAGAACGAGUAGCACGGUUAUGGGGCGCCCGUAAACACAAGCCCGCCAUGAACUACGAGAAGCUUUCCCGGGCACUGAGAUACUACUACGAUGGGGAUAUGAUCGCGAAAGUGCCGGCUAAGAGGUUCGUAUACAAGUUCGUGUGCGACCUGCGGCAGCUGCUCGGCUACGGCGCCGACGAGCUGGCGCAGCUCGUGCAGGAGAUGCACCGCGAGACGCAAUGAUAUUAUAUAAUUUAAAGUUUAAACGGAAUUUAAAUGUGAUUUAUUUACUGUUUAACGGAUUUUAAUUGCGAUUUAUUUACUGUUUAACGGAUUUUAAUUGCGAUUUAUUACAUGUUUCACGGAUUUAAAUUAUGAUUUAUUACCGGUUUGAGGGGAUUUAAUUGCGAUUUAUUACCUGUUUAACGGAUCUUAAACAUGAUUUAUUACCAUUUAACAGUUUUUAUCGCGAUUUAUUUACUGUUAAACGGAUUUAAACGCGAUUUAUGUAAUUUUUUUGUUCAUUUUGAAUACAAUUUAUGAAUUUAAGAAUUUCAAUUAAAAUAACAUUAACUGUAAAGAAAUUAUUGGUCGAAUUACUGUAUUUUGUAUUCAAAAUCUUGUAAAGUCGUUAAUUUAGUUUUACAUCGUAUUAAAUAAGUAGGAAUUACUGGAAAGUCAGUUUAAAAAUAAGUUACAUUAUUAAUUUAUAAGAAAAAGUUUUUGAUUUUAUGUAAAUAUGAAAAUAAAGUUUAUUUCUGUU